UUCUGGAGACUGCAGCAAGGGCAUGAAGACCGCGGCAAGUCGUGGGGCCACUCGCAGAGAGAGGCAGCCGAAGCUGGGACUGUGCCUUCUCUGCGGCUUGCCGGCGGCCGGAAAGUCGACUUUUGCGCGUGCGCUGGCCCUCCGGCUGCGGCGGGAGCGGGAUUGGGCCGUGGGCGUCCUCUCCUACGACGAUGUGCUGCCUCUUGCGCUCCCGGACGGCUCUGGCACACAGCCUCGGCCAUCCCAGUGGAAAAUGUUCAGACAAGAACUGUUAAAGUACCUGGAAUGCUUCCUCGUGGCGGUCAUUAGUGGGGCUCAGAUGUCUGCCCCACCCACCAGGACUGAGGCCGUGUGGGAAGAUUUUAUAACCUGCUUAAAAGGACAGGACUUGAUCUUCUCUUCAGCACUAGAGGCUCAGCCUUGCCACCUCUUGGCAAAACCCGCUGUUUCUAGACCUUUGUUUUUGGUGUUAGAUGACAACUUUUAUUACCAAAGUAUGAGAUAUGAAGUCUACCAGCUGGCUCGGAAAUAUUCGCUAGGCUUUUGCCAGCUCUUUUUAGAUUGUCCCCUGGAAACAUGUUUGAAGAGGAAUGGUGAGAGGCCCCAGCCACUGCCUAAUGAGACCAUCCAGCUCAUGGAGAGAAAGAUAGAGAAACCCAACCCUGAGAAAAAUGCCUGGGAACACAACAGCCUCAUAAUUCAGAGUUCAGCAUGUUCUCUGGAAGCCAGCCUGGAGGUGAAUGACUUGUUGCUUACUGCUUUGGAAAAUCCCAUAAAAUGUGUUGAGGCUAAUACGGAACAAAAGGAAACUGACAGAAUUAUUUGUUCUACUAACAUCCUUCAUAAAGCUGAUGAGAAACUCCGAAGAACCGUCUCUCAGACAAUGAGGGAAGCCAAAGAUAAACAAAUACCUCUUAAUAUGUUGAAGCAUCUGGCAGAAGAACUUAAUAAGCUCAAAGCAGACGUUUUGGAAGAUCUAAGACAAGGAAACAGAAAAUAUCUGUGCUUUCAGCAAACCACUAACUUAUCAGAUAUUAUUUCUUCUUUUUGUAAGGAAAGAGAUACUAUUGUGCAGAAGUAUUUUUCAAAGCAACAUUAAACUUUCUGAAUUUCUAGUCAAA